CAUCCCUCCUGGUGAAGGCUGCUGCUGCUGCUGCUCUCACUUUCUUCUUCUUCUUCUCUCCCUCCCUCCUCCUCCUCCUCCCUCCCUCACGCUGGGAUAUCUUACUUUGUUUUGGUGUUCCCUCCGCGGUGCCUUUCGGUCGGAGGAGUAGUAGUGGAUGAUAUCAACAGAGCUACGCUUCUUCUUCUCCUUCUUCUUCUAAUAGCUCCAGCGAUACUACAGCACGGACCGGAGUCGCUAGAGGACACGCGCAUCAUCACGACAGCACGAGAGCAGCGCGAGGGAGUUUAUUUUUUUUAUUAUUUUAUUUUGGUGCGAUUUAAAAAAAACAAGAAAAUAAAGAGAUCUGUAUUGAAGAGCAGCGUCACCACGGACGCUCCACCGCCACCGGACCAGACUCGCGUUAAGUUUGUACGGAUUGUACGGCACAGGUGCGUUAACGGAGUAAACCCAGACAUUAGGCGGAUGGUUGUCGGAGAGGAGUCGCUGCCUCUGCGCAAGUCCCAGAUGAAGAUGAAGUCUGCGGGCGUCGUGGAUGGAGGCUUGUUCACAGAGAGCUAUUGUAACAUCUGCAAUGCCCAGCUCAUCUCCGAGUCCCAGCGCACCGCUCACUACGAGAGUAAGAAACAUGCCAACAAGGUGCGCCUGUUCUACAUGCUUCACCCUGAAGACGGAGGACCACCUUCCAAGAGACUGCGGCCAGAUAACCCAGACUGUGCAGAGACUGAGGUGGACAGGAACAAGUGCUGUACCUUGUGUAAUAUGUUCUUCACCUCCGCCAUUGUGGCCCAGUCACACUACCAGGGCAAAACCCAUGCCAAGAGAGUCCGCCUGGUGCUGGGGGAGCCACCCAGCCUACCCACAGCCAUGACCAGCCCUACAAACACAGAUUCCUCCCCUUCCACCCCGCUGCCCACAGACCCCGCCGCGUGCCCCCCUCCUCCCCCUGACCUGGCUUGGCCUUUGGCGGUGGUCGGCGGGAACGGCGGAAGAGAGGCCGGGAAGUACUGCUGCCUGUGCGGAGCCUGGUUCAACAACCCGCUGAUGGCCCAGCAGCAUUACGAGGGCAAGAAACACCGCAGGAACGCAGCCAGAGCACGCCUCCUGGAGCAGCUAGCGGGCAGUCUGGAUGCCACGGAGAGCACAGGGCUGCGCAGUAGUUACUCUUGCAGUGUCUGCAGUGUGGUCCUCAACUCCAUCGAGCAGUACCAUGCGCACCUCCAGGGCUCCAAGCACCAGACCAACCUGAAGCAACACCAGCAGUAAGCCACAGAGACAGGGCCACUCUGGAGAGAAGAAGCGACGAGGACAGAGAUUAUUGGAAUAAACAACUUCAGAAAAAAGGACUUGUGUCAGAAACCGAAGAGUAUGAGAAAGUAGUGCAGAGUAACUUCAGUGUGCGUGCGUCUAUGUGUGUGUGUGAGAGUGUGUGUGUGUGAGUGCGUGCGUGUGUAUGGGCGUCGUCAUGGCAUCCAUGCACGCAUCUGCAGUACGCAUGUGUGGGUCAUUGUGAGUGUGUUUAUUUCUAUCUUUGAUCUAAAAAUAUAUCUCUGAGAUUUAUUCAGCACCUAAGUGUUAAGUGAUAUGAGUUCUCGACACCAACAGCCGUCAGAAGAAGCGGCUGCAUAUUGCCAUAUAACUCCUGUGUGAACCACAAUCCUAAAAUUGAACUGAUGUCAGUGCGUUGCCCAGAGUGGUAAUAAUCAUUACAAUGAUAGUCAUAGAGCAGCAGUAAUAAUAACUCUGUAACUAGCCGUCCCCCAAGUGCUCUGACAGUGAUCCAGAUCUCCUGUUUCUACAUGCAUUUCAUACAAAGCGAUGGUGGCACAUGCAUGGAUCACUUUCAGACCACUUGAGUCUUACUCAGGCCUAGACCUUUAAAUCCAAGGGACAAGAAACCAUCCCAACGACCUCAGCCAUUACAGAUUGCAUGAAUUUCCAUAACUUUAAAAAGGUAUUUUUGGUUUGAAUCUUGUGUUGUCUAGUGGAUUGGUGUCCCUUUAUUUCAACUGGUGGAUGUGUCAUUUUGAUAAAACCCAUCUUUUUAUGUAUUCCAUAUAAUCAAAACAUUGAGAUGUGGCAUUGUUACAGUACAGAAGGCAGUGGAGAAAAAGCAGCACAAAGACUUUUUAAACUGCUCUGAGGUGAGGGUCAACUUUGUGAAUCAUCUACUGUUGAAAACAUUCCCACAGCACUGAAUACUGAUGUCAGAUGCAGUCCGGAGGUGACAGAAAUUAUCUUCUCUGUUGAGAUGGAGGAUAUGUAGAUAAUAUUUUUUUAUUUUAUGGACAGAGAAAAAAAAACUUCACUCCCAAUUCAUGUAGCAGCCAAUGUACAAUACAACCGGGAUGUAAUUCAAUGCAUGCAAAAUGUAAAAUGUUGCAUUCACUUGCCUUUUUGAAACCUAUUGCUUGCGCGUUUUGGCAAUAGCGCUGCUUUCUAGUGAUAGCAUCGUAAUGCAUUACUGCACAUGCUUGCACCUGAGCAAAGAGGUCACCUUUUAAUGCUGAACUGGCUUCUUUUCUAAAUCUAAUUUACUCAUCAAAAAAUGAAAACCUUUUGAUACCUAGAAAUUAGUCACCGCUGUAUAACACCCUUCAUCUGUGCGUCUUUAGAACGUCUGUUAAAGUGAGAUUCAACGAUGGUUUGUAGCAUCAUAAGGCAACACGCUCCACUUUCCUGCGCUGGCACUGAGCAGCAUUUCUCUCUAAGCUGAGGAAAGGACUGAAGAACACAGCAGUCAAUGCUAAGCUAUCAGCUGUUUUUUUUCCCUCUGUAAACACAUUAAAAUGUUGUUUUUUUUGUGCUUUGUUCAUUUCACGGUGACGAGCGGUAACAACGAGUGACCUGAUUAAAAAAUUGUUUUUCCCUCUGCAGACAUAUGGAUGAGUAAUGGUUUUAUGCAAUCACAGUGUAAUAUUAACAACCAUACAAUGAGGGUUUGAAGUUACAAGCAGUUUGUGUAAAUAAGCAGUAGCUGCAGGUGAAGUUUGUGUUUUAAGAAGUACAAGAGUUUUUGUAUUCAUAGUGUUUAUCUGCACUGAGCUACAGGGCGAUAAGGGAAAUGUGUUUCUUAUGGAUAUAAUUGAAAAAUACAAAUAUGCUGGCACUGAAAUGAGAAUAAAAUGUCUUUUGGUGGGUCGUGUUUUUGAAUGGAAAACUUUCAGUGAAAAUAAGCUCAUCCCGAGUCGAGGAGUCGGUGAUGAUGGACCAAAAUCCAGCGUGUGGAAGACAGUGAGUGAUCAUGGAGGGAUUUUGAUAACCGCCGUUUUCAUGAAGACAACCACAGUCACCACAAAGACCCGCCCCCCUCAGAGAAACAUCUAUAUGUGACUGUUUGCCAGUGGAUUCAUAAAGAACAGCCAAAAAUGAUGAUGCAGGACUACAAACUGUUGGAUUUUAACAUUAGGUCUAAAACUACCAACCCCUCUGUUGUUGGUAAUGCCAUAAGAAAAACACAGAACAAGAAGUCAUUUGGCGUUUUCGAUGUGCACCAUGACUGUUUUGAUGACUAUUUACACUGACUCCUUUCUCUCCAGCACUGGUGUGUUCACAAUGGCAGCGGCGUCUGUGUGUGCCGAUAACACGGUCUGUGCAGGAGAUGACUGUGCCAUGAGUCACAUAGUUUACCAGAUGUUACAUAAUAUAUGACAGAGAUGUAUCUAUGAGUAGGAUUUUUGUGAUAUGAUGCUUGCGGGUGUGUCUGUGUAUGUGAAGCUGUCAACUGCACUGUCAGUGGGAGGCUCGCUGUGAGCUGUGUACCAUGAGCACAUUUGUAAACACACCUGAUGAUGAAUACAAUGAAGAUGACAACUAUAUCUAUUUUCUCUUGCAAAAUCCA